GGACGAGGGACAGACAGAGGGACAGACAGAGGGACAGACAGAGGGACAGACAGAGGGACAGACAGAGGGACAGGACAAGGCUGAGUGUUGGUACCGGAUCAGCUGACUGGAUCUGACUGUGGGGAGGGCGGAGCCAUGAUGGGCAAAGAUUACACGUUGGCCAUCAUCAUAGUGAACUAUGACGGAGGAAGCAGCAGAGGAGAGUCCUGAGGCAGAGACUGAAGGAGCCGAGGAGAACAGGUCUUCUUGGCAUGAAGACUUUCUCACCAGCCAUGGUCCUGACUCAAAGUGUUUCGCUGUGCGUUCUCUGGGCUGGCUGCAGGUGGAGGAGGAGGACCUUUCCCCCGGUCGCAGCAGUCUGGCUGUCAGUAASGUCAUCCAGCAGCUGUCUCACUGCAGCAGCCCUGAGCAGAGAGACAGGUCUGAGGCCUGGGGGGAGGGUCGGGAGAUGAUGCUGGUUCUGAAAAAAGACACCUUGACCCUGUUGGACCCGUUAGACCACACACCCCUGCACUGUCAGCCAAUCAUCAACAUACGUGUGUGGGGGGUAGGCUGCAACAACGGACGGCACUACAUGAGAUGUGUUCAAAGAUGAUGACUGAGAAGACGCUAAUGAGGCCAUCCCGCUCUCUGACUAUGGAGAGUAUCUCACCUGAAGACCUGCCCAGACAAGUGGAAUUUCUGGAGGCCGUGCGGCAACAGGUCCAGAAGUUCGAGGUCCAGUACAUUGGGAACYUGCCAGUGUCCAGAGCAAUGGGUAUGGAGGUGUUAAACAGAGCCAUAGAAAGCAUCAUGAACUCAACAGACCAGGAUGACUGGGAGCCGACGGUGAUCCAUGUCACAGAUAAAGUCCUGUCUCUGUGGAAGGGGGAGCAGGACGGUGAUGAGCCCCUGUGGGAGUGUCAGGUACGCUUCCUCACCUUCCUUGGUGUCGGCCAUGACAGCCACACCUUUGCCGUGAUCGUUGAUGGCGGCACACAGCAGUUUGARUGUCACGUGUUCUGGUGUGAACCUGAUGCAGGAAUCAUCUCCGAGGCUGUCCAGGCUGCGUGUAUGGUCCAGUACCAGAAGUGUCUCGUGGCUCAGACUCCACCUCCCAGAACCAAAUCCUGGUGUGCGACCCAAUCAAAAGUCAAACGAGCCAAUUCGAUGGAUGGAGCCGCCUUCCCUCCACUCACAUCUCGUUACCAUGGCAGCAGUAUUGGUGGCAGCAGCACUGCCUUGAUGACGACUUCAAAGAGCAGCAGUGUCAGGAAGGGUAUGAUGGCGUUUUUUGAAACUUUCCGCAACAAACAAACUGCUACCUCCUAAUGAUGGGGGCGGGGCCAUCAC